AUGCCUAGUUCUGUCGACGAAAUAUUGCCCUACAUUGCACCAGGUGAUGAAGUCGAUGAUUAUAUAGUUGACUAUGCAUUUGAAGGAAAAUGGGAUAAGGUUAUUGCUUUGUACUAUAAAUUCCCAGAGGUUCACACUGCAAUGAUUAACUAUUCCGUUGGCACUGCAUUGCAUUUGGCGGUACAUUUGGACGAAGAAGAUGUUGUGAAAGAUCUUGUGCAUGCGAUUUUGACGAAAGAAAUGGACGAAGAAGAUGCCAAGGCUCUGGAAAUGGAGAACGAGCGAGGGGAUACACCUCUGCACGUUGCAGCAUCAAGCGGUUUCGCGAGAAUAUGCAGGUGCAUUAUAGGAACAGAUAACGAGAGGAUAUAUUUGCUGAGUCGCAAAAACGAACAAGGGGAGACACCUCUCUUUCUAGCUGCUAUCAAUUGGCAAAAACAAGCCUUUGCAUACCUCUCUGAUAUUUCAAGAGAUAGCAUCACUUUGCAAGAUCUUGUACGAAACAAUGGGGAUAGUAUUCUUCACUGCGCUAUCAGUAGAGAAUAUUUCGAUUUGGCAGUGAUAAUAGAGCAUUAUUAUGAUUUCCUGAGCACACAUCCCAAUAAAGAGGAAUUCACUCCGCUCAAAGUCCUUGCCACUAGGCCGUCGGCCUUCCGAAGUGCAAACAAGCUUUCAUGGUGGAAGCAAAUCCUGUACCGUUGUACACUAGUAGAACCACUGGAAGUUGAGAGAACGAUGAAGUCGACUUUGAGAAAGAUGGAACGCCCUCCAAAAUCUGAUAAAAUGAUAUUCCCAAAGAACUACACCACGUUAUAUGACUUCUUUUCUAUAUUGUUUUAUACAUUGUAUUUCACUCUGUUCAGGGUUGCUGCUCUAGCUGUGAAUUGGGGAAAGAAUGAGCAUGACACAGAGAAUUACCAAUCAAACGAUAAAGACUAUUACAAGACAGAUGGAGAUGAUGUUGAGGUUGGAUUUCUUCCACCAAAUUAUGCAACCUUUCAUCGUUUUAUCAAGUCUGCAUACGUACAUAGUUUUGGCCUUUCAGGAGUGGCUUUAACGGAGGUAAAAAAGACGAAGAGUAAACACCAAUGGAGUGGUCAACUCCUGAAUGCACUAUUGAAAAGACCUUAUGCAGCAUUCACGGGAAGCGGGGGCCGACCAACUGAUAGGGAAGUUGAAGAAGACAUGUUCUUUGUUUAUCUAUAUCACAAAUGGGAACAAGGUGAAACCAGCAGAUUGGAGGGGUCGAAAGAAGUAAAAGAACCAGUAUCCGCUGGCAAAACGGAAACUCCAAAUCGAAGAGACGCAAAGGAGGAAACAGAAAAAGAUGGUGCAAAGGAAACUGAGAAAAAGGAUUUAAAGGAGACAGCAUUUUUGGUUGCAGCAAGAUAUGGCAUAGUUGAAAUGGUGAAUGAAAUUCUAUACCGAAUACCAAGUGCAAUUCAUAACACUAACUCAAAGAAAGAAAAUGUAUUGCUGGUCGCAGUGGCGAACAGACAACCCCGUAUUGUUGAGGCUUUGAGAAUGCAAAUGUUUACAAAACCAGAAAUUUGGAAUAACUUAAUUCUGGCAGUGGACGAAACUGAGAACACCAUGUUGCAUUUGGCAGCACAUGCACUAGGCGGCAAUAAGCCUGGGCAGAUAGCUGGUUCUGCCUUUCAAAUGAUGUGGGAUAUAAAGUGGUUUCAGUAUAUAAAAAUCCUUGUGCCGGAACACUUCUAUUUUAGAAGCAAUAAAGAUGGGAAAACAGCGGGGGAAAUCUUCGCAGAAACACAUGAAGAUCUUAUAAACAAGAGUAGUGAAUGGCUUAAGGGAACAUCGGAAUCUUUUUCUGUUGUGGCUGCGCUUGUUGCUGGUGUUACCUUUGCCGCAGCCAGCGCCGUACCUGGUGGCACCAAUGAUCAAACCGGUAUGCCUAUAUUAGACAGUGAGCCUGCAUUCGAUGUAUUCGCUAUUUCUUCGUUAAUUGGACUUUGCUUCUCCGUCACUGGACUUAUAAUGUUCCUUUCUAUAAGUGCUUCUCUUAAACAAGCCGAAGAUUUUCGCAGGGAUUUGCCACUGAAACUUCUUAUCGGUUUGAGUUCUCUUUUCUUAUCCAUUGCUUCAAUGUUAGUUUCUUUCUGCAGCGACCAUUUUUUUCUCGUUAGUCACAAAUACAAGACCAUAAUACUCCCUAUUUAUGUAGCCACUUGCUUGCCUGUGUGCUUCUAUGCCAUAGCACAGUUUCCACUAUACAUUAAUCUUCUAACAGCUAUUUUAAGUAAGGUUCCGGUGGCCAUUAUUAGAUUCAUUUAUUAA